UUUAGUGAAUGUUUGAUCGUUUCGUUAAGCCUAUACGGAAAGUUAUUGAUAGUUUUAAUAUUUCCCGAUAUUGGGUGUAUAGUGAUUAAUAGAACAUUAUCUAUUAUCUGAAUAUGGCUCCUCAAACUGAGGAUAUAUUAAAUGAAAACAAUUCUUGUUUUGAGGAAAGUAUUCGCUUAAAAUCGGGGAAAAAUUUAGCUGCACCUGAGCAAGGAGAGGAAAUCGUUAUAUCAGGAUUAUCUGGAAGAUAUCCAGAUUCAAGAAAUGUACACCACUUCCGUGAUAAUCUUUUUAACAAGGUUGAUAUGGUCUCUGACGACAAUCGAAGAUGGAACCCAGGGCAUCCGGAAAUACCACAGCGUACUGGAAAACUAUUCGACAUCGAAAAACACGACCCAAGUUUCUUUGGUCUGCACUAUCGUCAAGCAAAUGAAAUGGACCCGCUUUGUAGAUUAUUCUUAGAAGUGGCCAUAGAAGCUAUAUUCGAUGCUGGAAUCAAUCCUGUUGAUUUACAAGGAACAAACACAGGAGUGUUUGUAGGAACAUGCUUCAGCGAGAGUGAAAAAACUUGGUUUUACGAUAGGUUGAAUCCUCGUAGCUUUGCUCUAACUGGGUGUGAUCGAUCUAUGAUUCCAAAUCGUGUCAGUUAUUACCUGAAAUUGAAUGGACCAUCUAUGACCUGCGACACAGCAUGCAGUAGUUCGUUAUAUGCUUUAGACCAUGCUUAUAGAGCUAUAAGAACGGGAGAGUGCGACAACGCUAUUGUAGGAGGAACAAAUCUGUGCUUGAGUCCAUCUGUUUCUUUACAGUUUGCCAGAUUAGGUGUUCUUGGUUUGGAUGGAGCCUGCAAGGCUUUCGAUAAUUCUGGAAACGGAUAUGCCAGGUCCGAAACUAUUAGCGCCAUCUUUCUUCAAAAGUCCAAAGGAGCCAAACGAAUCUACGCUACAAUACUCCACGUCAAGACAAACUGCGAUGGUUUUAAGGAUUCUGGAAUCACUUUUCCAUCCAGGAGUAUGCAAGUGAGACUACUAAAAGAAUUUUAUGAAGAAUGCCAAUCAGUAAAACCUUACGAACUAAGUUUCCUGGAAGCACAUGGAACAGGAACAAAAGUGGGUGAUCCAGAAGAAUUACAAGCCAUCGAGGAAGUGUUUUUGCCUGGAAGAAAAACACCUCUUCUUAUUGGAUCUGUUAAGUCUAAUAUUGGUCAUACAGAACCAUCUUCGGGACUAUGCUCUGUUACAAAGGUUCUUAUAGGAUUUGAAACAGGCUAUAUACCGCCAAAUUUGCAUUACAAUACUCCAAGGGAAGGUAUAAAAUCAUUAGUGGAUGGUAUGAUUAAAGUAGUGGCAGACAAAACAGAAUUUAAGGAUGACAGAGGAUUAAUAGGUAUCAACAGCUUUGGUUUCGGAGGUAGUAACUGCCACGUGCUUUUGAGACAUAAUCCUAAGAAAAAAGUAAACCAAGGCAAACCGCUGGACAAUAUUCCUAGACUGAUUUGUGUCAGUGGCAGGACACCCGAUGCAGUCAGCAUGCUCCUAGAUAGCGUCAUAGAAAAUAAACUUGAUGUGGAGCAUAUUAGGUUGCUACAAGACGUUUUUAGCAAAAAUGUAAAAGCUCACUACUACCGAGGAUACGCUUUAGCAUCUAAAUCUGGACAAAUAGCAAGAUCUCAAACCUACUUAGAUUUUAAGCAAGUUCCCUUGCUAAUAUGCUUUGGAAUUAUUGACGAAGCAACUAAAAAACGGGCAAAAGAGUUCUUGGAAGUACCUGAUUUUGCUGGAGUUCUAGAAAAGGUACACCAAGUACUUAAACCGAAGAAUGUUAGCAUCAUGAAUAUUAUACUGAAGGAUAAUACCAAGUCGAUUUUCGAAACUGUCCUGGCUAAUGUGACGCUUCAGUUGGCGAUAUGCAAUCUUAUAAAAACCUUGCAAAUCAAACCAACAAAAAUAUUUGGCAUUAACAAAGAUUUGUCUUUGGGUAGUUUAAUAUGUGGAUACUUUGAUGAAGCUAUAAGCUUGGAAGAAGUGGUAGAAUUGGCUUAUGUCAUUGGUUCCAUUACCAACGCCGCACAUAAAAGUAGUACUGCAGAAUUGUAUGAUUUAAUUCAAAAAGACAAGAAAGUUGCUUUGGACUUAAAAAAUAUUUUGGAUAAAAUUAUUACCAAGCCUAGAAAGCUAAGCGAUAAAGUUAUCUGUGAUCCAUAUCAGGCAGAAAUUGAUUCCACUUAUAUAGUGAAUUCUUUGAAAUACACCGAUGUACCUCAAAAAGUUAAAGAUUUCAUUACAAAGAAGUGCAUUAUUUUUGAAGUUGGAAAUGGAGAAAUAUCUACAUUAUUAAAUAGCAGCAAGAAGAGCCUAUCUGUGAUCAGUAGAGGAGGUUUAAAUGAUCUCUUAAUUUCCAUUGGCAGAUUAUAUGAGCUGGGUGUGAACCCCCAGCUUCAGUACUUAUACCCGAAAGUACAGUACCCAGUAAGUAAAGGAACACCUAUGAUUUCUCCGACGGUGGGAUGGAAACACGAUAAGAAUUGGUACGUUAGUCGCUAUUCAAACGAUAAUUCUUUGAUGUUCGAGCAAAGAGCAAUUGCUUUUUCAAUCAAACGUUCUGAGCAGGCUUACUUAACUGGACAUGUUGUUGACGGGAGAAAUCUAUUUCCUGCUAUGGGAUAUUUAUUAGUAAUAUGGGAGACACUAGCUGGUACUCAGCGCCUACUUUUAGGAAAUAUGAAAGUUGUCUUUGAGAACUGUCGAUUUAUAAGGGCCUGCUCGUUAUCGACCAAUUUAGAGUCUUCACUGACGCUUAACAUUUGCCUUCAUAUGGUUUCUGGAAACUUUGAAAUUAGUGAGAGUGAUUCAACUGUUGUAACAGGAAGAAUAAAAAUUGCUACAGGAAACGAAGCUGAUGUUACACCACUUCCAGCACCACCCGGUGUGCCAAAUAAAAUCGCACCCUAUAUGUCAAACAAAGACGUAUACAAAGAACUAAGACUACGUGGCUACAAUUAUAAGGGAAAAUUUAGGGGUAUUCAAUCCUGUGAUGUUAGUGGUCAAGUAGCUUCAAUCGUUUGGGAUAGCAACUGGGUUACGUUUAUGGACAAUAUGUUGCAAGUAAAAAUUCUACAAGAAGAUACACGAUUACUUUAUGUUCCAACCACCAUCUCUAGAUUAUCUAUCGAUGGAAAGAAACAUAUGGAAACUAUAAGGAAUCUCGGAGAAAAUCCCAACGUACCAGUUUAUGCCUGCAAACAUACGGGUAUCAUUCAGUCUGGAGGUAUUGAAAUUCGUGGUUUAAUAGCAAGCUCAAUACCCAGAAGAAAAAACAUGGGUAUCCCUGUACUCGAGAAAUAUAUUCCCGUGCCAAACGCCACAAGUCUUAAACUGGAGCAAGCCGUAAGGGUUAAUAUGCAAAUACUGCUAGAAAAUGCCUUCACUGUUCAAGUUAAGGCUGUUGAAUUAAUAGAUGAAGCUACUCCUGAAGAAAAUAAAACGAUUGGUGACAUCGUAUUUGACGUCCUUGCAGAUCAACCAGUAAUUCAACCAAACAUAACCGUUCUUAGCAAGACUGAGUUAGAAGUGAACAACGUGACAGUAGAAGACAAGAAACUUUUAACAGAAGUUGACUGUCAUUUAGUUAUAGCUUCGUGCCUUUUCGAAAGACCUAAUAUAUUGACGUUAGCAUUAGGAUCUCUUCAUACUUCUGGAUUUAUACUCUCCAGAGAAUCAUUAGAUUUAGACCAUUUUACUUAUCAAAAUGAUAAUGUUUCCAUUAUCACUGUUUACACCACCGAUACAGAAAAGCUGAUUUUUAUGAAAAAAGUGUCUGAAUAUAAACCACCUACAGUACUAGAAAUAUCAGCAUUAGAUACUGAAUUUAGUUGGAUUCAAAAAUUACGAGCUCUUUUGGAGAAAGAAGAAAAUAUUCUUCUGUAUUCUGAGAAAGAACCUCUCAACGGACUUCUUGGACUGUAUUCUUGUCUUCGAAGAGAACCAGGAGGCCAAAAAAUAAAACUACUUUUUGUACUCGAUCCCUCUGCCCCAGAUUUUGAUGUAAACUCUUCGUUUUACGAAUCUCAGUUAAAGAAACAGUUGUUUAUAAAUAUCUACAAAGACGGCCAAUGGGGAACUUAUAGACAUUUGCUGUUCGACAAAAGCAACUCAAUUGAAGCCGAGCAUUGUUAUUUGAAUUCGUUGGUAAGAGGUGAUUUGAGUUCGUUGAAGUGGAUCGAAGGGCAGUUUUCAUCAAACGAUAUAAGAUUAGAGGGACCCGACGAAGAAAUUAUUUCGGUUUACUACGCCUCAUUAAACUUUAGAGAUGUUAUGACGGCUACGGGAAAAAUCAAUGUGGACACAAUUACCAGAGAAAGAAGAGAACAAGAAUGUGUUCAAGGGUUCGAGUUUAGUGGUCGUUUAGCAAAUGGAAAAAGAGUUAUGGGCAUGAUAAGCAAUGGCGCUUGCGGUUCAUAUUGCAAAGGUGAUAAGUAUCUUAUCUGGGAAGUUCCGGAAGAGUGGUCUUUAAGAGAAGCUGCUACCGUCCCUGUCACCUACGCUACGGCCAUAUUUGCAUUAGUUUUGAAAGCAAAUAUUAAACCCGGGGAUUCUAUACUGAUUCAUUCUGGCACUGGUGGCGUUGGUCAAGCUGCCAUUCAAAUAGCUCUGAUAAGUGGCUGUACCGUCUAUACUACAGUUGGUACCCAAGAAAAAAGAGACUUCAUAAAAAGGAGAUUUCCUCAAAUAACAGAUGACCACAUAUUUAAUUCAAGAGACACAAGCUUUGAACAGAGUGUGAUGCAGGCAACCAGAGGUAGAGGAGUGGACGCUGUUCUAAAUUCUCUAGCUGAAGAAAAACUUAUGGCUUCAGUUCGAUGUGUGGCAAAAAGCGGACACUUUUUGGAAAUUGGAAAAUUUGACAUGGGCAAUAAUAAUUCAUUGAAACUUUUGCUGCUCAACAAAUCUGCCAGUUUUCACGGUAUAAUGUUGGAUAUGUUUAUGAAGCAAGACCUCUAUUUCCGACAGGAGCUAGUUGCGAUGCUGAAUAAAUAUUUGAACGGUGGUCUUAUUAAACCUUUAAAUUCAACGGUCUUUCACAUGAACCAAGCUGAAGAAGCGUUCAGAUACAUGACCUCAGGAAAACAUAUAGGCAAAGUCACGAUCGAAAUACGAGAAGAAGAAAAAGGAACUAUUGUUGGUCGCCCAUCAUCGGUACUGUAUUCAUGUAUACCUAGAUAUUAUUGUGAUAGCAAAAAAACUUAUAUAAUAUGUGGAGGUUUGGGAGGUUUUGGACUAGAAUUAGCAGACUGGUUAGUACUAAGAGGAUGUAGAAACCUAGUUUUAACAUCACGAACAGGAGUCAAAACCGGCUACCAAGCAUACAGAAUAUCAAUAUGGAGAUCAUACGGUUGCACAGUUUCUGUUUUUACUGACGAUAUAACUACAGAAAGCGGUUGUGAGAGUUUAGUCAAGAAAGCCAGUGAUCUGGGACCUGUACAUGGUAUAUUUAACUUAGCCGUGGUACUCCAAGAUGCAAUUUUCACGAAUCAAACUGAAGAUAUGUUUAAAAUAAGCUUCGGACCAAAGGCCAAAGCAGCCGAACAUCUGGACGUAGUAACGAGGAAGUACUGUCCAGAACUAAGGGAUUUUGUGAUGUUUUCUUCGGUUUCUUGUGGAAGAGGAAAUGGUGGACAAACUAAUUACGGAAUGGCAAAUUCCAUUAUGGAAAGGAUCUGCGAGAAAAGAAAGACUGAAGGUUUACCGGGACUGGCUAUUCAGUGGGGAGCUAUUGGAGAAGUGGGACUAGUAGCUGAUAUGCAAGAAGAAUCCAUCGAGAUGGAAAUAGGAGGCACCUUACAACAAAGAAUCGUCAGUUGUUUGGAAGUCAUGGACCUAUUCCUGAGACAGAACGAAUCUGCUGUCGUUGCCAGUACAGUAGUAGCCGAAAAAAGAUCGGGUCCAGUAGCUGACAAUAUCGUUAGUGCAGUUGCGAAUAUUUUAGGAAUUAAAGAUCUAAAAACUAUUUCGUUGCAAGCUACAUUAGCUGAAGUUGGUAUGGAUUCGAUGACAGCUGUAGAAAUUAAACAGACAUUAGAAAGGGAGUUUGAGGUAUUCCUGACACCUCAGGAUAUCAAGUCGAUGACGUUCGCGCGGCUCCAAGAAAUUCAAGACGAGAGGGAAUCUUCAAGUUCAGGUGGGAAGAAAGGGCGAGCACUGACAGGUUUUGAAAUGAUCAUGGGUCAUCUCUCUGAUCAGAGCAAGUCUGAAAUACCCUUAAUUUCCCUUCAGGGCCAACAAACAAACAGAUCAAUUGCAGGAAACGUCAUUCUAUUCGCUGGGAUAGAGGGAGUCAUAGGAGUGUUAGAACCACUUUACCAACAAUUAGAAGGAGAUUUGUAUGGUAUACAAUUUUGCAAUAACAACCAAAAAGACAGUAUUGAAGAUAUGGCCUUAACAUACCUUGAGAUUGUCGAAGAAAAACUGUUCAAAUCAGUUCCCUUCAAAAUCGUCUGUUAUUCUUUUGGUGGGUUAGUUGCCUUGCAGCUAGUACAUGAACUGGAAAAGAAGGGAUAUCAUGGUACUGUCGUGUGUAUAGAUUCGUCCCCAGACUAUCUUCAAGCAUUGUCGAAAAUAUUGGAAGUCGAGUCAGACGAUAAAAUUCAAGUAAGCCUGUUGGCACACUUAAUGGCACUACGUCUACCACUAGAUGUCGUUAGCAAAAGCUGGAUACCACUAUCAAACUGUCGAAACUUUGAGGAACGCUUGACUCUAGCAGAAAAAAUCGUAACGACCGAAAACAUUCCUUUAAGCAACAUGAAAGAAAUUACCAUCAGUUCUUACAAGAGGCUGAAGGCCACAGUAUCCUGGAACCCCACUUUUAAGCUUAAAUCGAAAAUUAUCUUGUGCAAAGCGAAACUAUCCAGUGUUGAGCAGAAAGAUGAAGACUAUGGACUUGGUAAAAUUUCCCAAUAUCCCGUGGUGGUAAAAGAAUUCGAUGGAAAUCAUGUAACGGUGUUGGAAAAUCCAGAUUUGGCCAAUGAGAUCAACGAAACGUUCUGGGCUGAGACCAGUCCGGUCCUGGAGAAAGAGGAACCUCUGAUCGUUAUAGAUCAACAAAAACCAUAUAUAUGUUCGCAAUAAGACAAUGUCUCCACAAUUUUUUAUGUUUUUUUUAAUAAAUAAUGUAUCAUAUU